AUGGCCAAACCAAAGCAGCACACCCGCCCGCCGAAGAAGCCAAAAGCCAAAGCCGUUGAUCCGGAGACAGCGGAUGACUACCAGGAACUGGCCGACAAGGAGGAAGAAGCCGGAGGCAAACAUCGAGUGGGUGACCCAGCCAAGUCAAGUCGAGCCUUCGUUCGAGCACUGGAGAUCUACGACAAAGGCUUGCAGAGGCAUCCUACGAACUUCGACCUGGCUUACAACAAGGCGAGACUGGAGUUCGAGGUGACCCAGCAUCCUGCUCUUGCGGAGCAUGUUGGCCUGCCAUUGAUAGAGCUACUUGGCCAGACCUUGGAAUCGCAUCGAUAUGCGCUGCGGUUGAACGAGGAGAACCCGGACACGCUGUUUAAUACGUCUCAGGUCUUGACCAGUCUGGCUGAAGAGCUCUCUGAGGAUGGACAGUCUCAGAAUGCCAUCCCGUUACUUCAGGAGUCGUUGGAACUGCUUUCUGGCUGUCUGUCACGGCAGGAAAUGAUGCUCGAGCAGCAGCAGGUGGAUUUUCAAGACUUUGAGGAUGGUGGUGUUCCUAUUGAUCCGGAUGAGAAGCCAGCAUCUACCAAUGGAUCGGAUGCGUCAGAGCAGACUGCUAUUGUAGAGGCACCGAUCACAGCAAGCGACCUACUUGAUACAGUCCAUGCUUCGCUAUCAGCCCUGACAACGCUGGUACCCCUGGUCGACCAGUCGGCUGUGCAGACUUACGGCGACAUGGCUCACUCGCUCACGGAGAAGAGAGCCGCAAGUUACAUCUCCCUACUUCCAGAAGACCUGCAAGACGCAGCUCGGUUCUCGAUCGGAUUGGACCGGGCAAUCUUCAUCGCCGCCUUCGCCGAUGCACAGUUCAGCUUUGUAGCGAUUGAGAUGGCGACUUACCUACAGCGGCUGGAUACUUUCGAUCUCCCAGGCAAGGAGCAGUCAGCCCACGCCCUUUGCGCGGAAGCUGAGGCACGCACGGAACUCUCGCUAUCUAUCAUUGACCGCUUCCAAGGACCAGCCGAUGCGGCAGCACAGACGUGCUGGAACCAGCUGAAGACCGCACAAGAUCUAUACAGCGCCGCUCUGAAAUUAGACGACGAAGAUGCCAAAGACCGAAAGCCGAAAGUCUACGGAUCGAAAGGCGACGUCGAGCUGCUACGGCAUCGCCUAGCUUCCGCACCAGGCACAACACUGUCUGAAGGUAUACAGCGCAGUGCAAAAACUCUUAUACAGAACGCCCAGAAAUUCUACAAAGGCGGUGCCCAGCUGGCAAAAUCGGAUGGAGACGACGAGCUGGAAGUCAAAGCAAAGCAGAGAUGGGCGAUCGCGGCUGAUAUCGGUGCGCUGAUGUACGGGAUUGAGGUGACGGAAGCGCCUUUUCAAGGCAGCUCUCAGAGCGCUCGCGGGGACGUGAUCGAAGCGUUGGAGGCGGUCGUCGAUGAGGGGUUAGUGGAGAUGUCGUUAGGAGAGGAGGUUAUGAGGAGGAUGAGGGGAUGA